AUGCCUCAACAAGAGCGCGUCCCGUCAAACUGGGCGGAGAACACAGCUUCUUCAGACAAGCUGCUGCAACUCGACUGUACGGAUCCUCAACUUCCCUUUCAAUUCACACUCGACGCUCUUCGAUCCAAUGUAUUUCGUACAACCUUUACGUCUAAAUCUCACCCUCUGCCACCUCACCCCAGUGUGCCUCUCUUAAAAAGGCAGAUAGAGGCUGCAUCUGUCAAUGUUGACUCUACAAGCACUACAAAGCAGAUCAAAAUCGGCCCAAUCACGGCUACUAUUGACUGGACUGAGUCCUCACCACUCCUCUCCGUCUCUCUCGAAGGCAGCAAGAAUGGGCCUCUUCACGAAGAUUUGCCAAAUCGCUCGUACGUUGUUGACGGCGAGGGCAUUGCUCAUUAUUCGCGGUACAAUAGAGAUACCCUGUACGUCGGCCUGGGCGAAAAGGCGGCUCCCAUGAACCUCGCUGGGAGAAAAUUUGAGCUUUCGGCGACGGACAGUUUUGGCUAUGACAUUUACCGCACUGAUCCGCUGUACAAAAACAUCCCACUUCUCAUCAAUGCGACGCCGAGUGGCUGUCUGGCUCUGUUUUCGACUACUCAUUCGAGAGGCUCGUAUUCUAUUGGGGCUGAGAUGGACGGCAUGUGGGGUCGCUACAAGGUGUUGAGACAAGACUACGGAGGAUUGGAAGAGUACAUUAUCGUUGGGAAAACUCUCAGGGACAUUGUUACGACUUAUGCGGAGAUCGCCGGCUAUCCUCUUCUUGUGCCAAGAUGGGCGUUUGGGUACCUCUCCGGUGGUAUGAAGUACUCCAUGCUCGAUGACCCUCCAGCUUCCGAGGCGCUGCUUGAUCUUGCGCGCAAGAUGAAGGAGCAGGACAUUCCAUGCUCGGCGUACCAAAUGUCAUCUGGUUAUACCGUGGCAGAGCAGCCGCCGAAAACACGCAACGUCUUCACCUGGAAUCGCCAUCGGUUUUCGGAUCCAGAGGCCUUUAUUAAGGAGUACCACAAGCUUGGCAUGAGAUUAAUCGCCAACGUGAAGCCCUAUGUUAUUGCCACUCAUCCAGAGUACGAGAAGCUUAAAGCUGCAAAUGCCUUAUUCGUCGACCCGCACACGAAAAAGACGGCGGUGACAAGACUAUGGAGUGCUGGCGGAGGCGAGAGCGCUGAAGGUGGGCAUAUUGACUUCACCUCUGCUGCUGGAUUUAAAUGGUGGUACGAGGGCGUCAAGAAGCUCAGACAGGAAGGCAUUGACUGCAUCUGGAACGACAACAAUGAGUACACGGUCACCGAUGACGGCUGGAUCUGCGCCCUUGACGAGCCUUCUCUCGAUGUAAGGGACGAGGUCAAGGAUAGGCCACAAAUUGGUCUCUGGGGCCGAAGCCUGCACACUGAGCUUCAUGGAAAAGCAUCUCACGAUGCCCUCGUCGACGUUGAUCCAGAUGUACGCCCGUUUGUUCUUACUCGAAGUGCGACCGCUGGCACUAUGAGAUAUGCUUGUAGUUCAUGGAGCGGAGAUAACACCACCAGCUGGGCUAGCAUGAAGGGUGCCAAUGCUCUUGCACUCAACGCGGGCAUGUCUUUAAUGCAAUGCUAUGGCCACGAUAUCGGAGGAUUCGAAGGCCCGCAGCCAUCCCCUGAGCUACUUCUUCGAUGGGUUCAGAUUGGUACAUACUCUCAGCGCUUCGCAAUCAACUGCUUCAAGACGAUCAAUGAGAAUCACGUCGGAGACGUCAUCGAGCCGUGGAUGUACCCGGAAAUCACACACUUGGUUCGCAAAGCCAUCAAGCGCAGAUACGCCAUGAUCCCCUACAUCUACUCAUUGAUGCUAGAUAGUCAUCAAACAGCUAUUCCACCUCAGCGUUGGACUGGCUGGGGAUACGAAGAAGAUCCGGAAGUGUGGACGACACCAAUUACAGAGGGUGAGACGCAAUAUUGGCUUGGCGACGCUCUACUGGUUGGCGGUGUAUACGAGCCCGGCGCCACGCAGGCACGAGUCUAUCUUCCCAAGGCUUCGGAUGAGGACGAAGGCUACAUCAAUCUCAAAGCUCCCUAUCAGUACUUGGAAGCAGGACAAUGGGCUACGGUUGACGCAGAGUGGCACGGCGCAGGCAUUCCAGUGCUUGCCAAGGUCGGAACAGCGAUCCCAGUCGGAAGAGACGUGCAAGUACUGUCCCCAGGAGAAAAGGAAAAUGUCGCCAAUCUUCCUCUGGACGACUAUCGCGCGAUUGAAAUCUUCCCUCCCCGUCAAGGAUCUAGCUCGAAGCGCUAUGAGACGGUGUGGUACGAAGACGACGGCGUAUCUGCUGUUGCAAAGAACAAAAUCUCCAAAUACAGCAUCGCAUAUUCGGUUAAAGGGUCAGAAAUUGAGGUUCAAUUUUCUAGAGAUGAAACAUCUGGGUAUGUCGCGCCGUGGAAAACGCUGGUUGUUGUGCUGCCUCCUGGAGACGCAAGAGCAGUUCGUUCGACUGAUGGCGUACAAAUUCGCGAUUUGGGCGUAGAUGAUGAGGGAAGGAAGAGAUUUGAGCUUUGA